AUGUGGAUCUAUGGUACGAUCUCACCUUCCCUCCUUGACACGGUUCUGAAAUCUCGGUGUACUGCUCGCGAACUGUGGAUCACGAUUGAAAACAUGUUCCCUGACAAUAAGGAGGCUCGCGCAAUUCAACUGGAAAACGAACUGCGUUCCUUCACGAUUGGUGAUCUCUCGAUGCAUGAUUACUGCCAAAAACUCAAAUCUUUGUCGGAUCUGCUUGCUAAUGUUGAUUCUCCUGUCUCUGAGCGUGCGAUGGUGAUGCAUAUGCUCAAUGGUCUUUCUGAAAAGUUUGAUAACAUUCACAAUGUUAUCCAACACAAGUCCCCAUUUCCAUCCUUUGCUGCUGCUAGGUCCAUGUUGAUUCUCAAAGAGGAGCGUCUCAACAAACCCUCCAAACCAGCAACACCUGCUCCUCUAGAUCAUUCUACACCUCACUUACUUUACACCAGCACGAGUCCUACAGCGCCAUCUCCGGAUCCUGACACCGCCAACCGCUCUUACAAUCAGCAGCCCUACCCGUCUUCGCUCAAUCAUGGUCACCAAAACAGAGGUCGUGGUCGUGGACGCAAUAACAACUAUCGUGGUCGCGGUCGGCACAACACAUCAUGGAGACCGCAACACUCUUCGUACUUUCCUGCUCCGCCUCAACAACAACAGUGGCAUCCGCAAUCAUGGGCUCCAAACCCACAGCACUGCCGUUCAUCUCCAAUGGCGUAUCAUGUUUCCACUGCUCUGCCUUCCAAAGCAAACAUUCUUGGACCGUAUCACCCAACUGUACCAACCGGUCCACAAAUGCCGACGAUUAUCCCGUCAAACAUUUCACAAGCGUUUGGUACCAUGACACUUCAGAAUCCGCAAGAUUCCAACUGGUAUAUGGAUACCGGUGCUACGGGACACAUCACUUCGGAGCCAGGACUUGAGCACCCGAAAACCUCUACUCCGAUGUAA